ACGCCUCCAAUUUUUUUCUACUCUAUAUAUCUCUUUCCCCUUAUUAUUCCCUCUUUAAUUUAGCUUCCGCCUUUCUUUCUGUUCUUUUUUAACUUCCUAAUUCCCCCUAUUUUUUUCUUGCCGGAAUCAUCGCAUACAUCACCUCUAAUGGCCGAGGAGACUCAAAAGCCCGAGGCAGCCUCGUCUGCCGGCGAGGUCGUGGUUGAAAAACCGGUUACUGAGAAAGAUCUGCCUCCGGCUCCUGAACCGGAACCAGAGGCUGUUGAAAAGACGGCGCCUGUUGUGGAAGAGAAAGAAACUGUGGAAGAAGCAGUUGAGGAGGUGGAGAAGGCUAAAGCUGAGGUUGAAGUUGAAGAGAAGAUUACUCAGUCGGUUUCGUUCAAGGAAGAGACUAACGUUGUUGGGGAACUUCCUGAAUCGCAGAGGAAGGCUCUGGAAGAGCUCAAGCAACUGAUUCAGGAGGCGCUUAACAAGCAUGAGUUUACUGCUCCGCCGGUUAAGGAGGAAGAAAAGGCGCCGGAACCUGUAGUGGUGGAGAAGAAAGAAGAGGUUAAAGAGGAGGAGAAAAAGGAAGAGGAAACUCCGGCUAAGCCUGCUGAAGAAGAAACAAAGGUAGAGAUUGAAGAGAAAGCAGAAGUGUCUGAAAAAGUAGUGGAGAUUGAAGCACCAGCACCGGUUGAAGCCAAGAAGGAAGAGAAGGCUAAGCCGGCCGCGGCAGUUGAGACGGUGGUGGUGACAGAGGUGGUUGAGACAGCGGCAGUUGUUAUUGACGAGGAUGGUGCCAAGACCGUGGAGGCAAUUGAAGAGACUGUGGUGGCUGUCUCUGCUCCUGCUUCUGUAGAAACAGGGGAGGCCUCUGCUUCCAAGGAGCCAGAGUCCGCUCCGGCGGAGGUGCCUAAAGAGGCAGAGAUCCCUGCACCUCCCCCACCACCACCGGAGGAGGUCUCAAUAUGGGGAAUUCUGCUUCUUGCAGAUGAGAGGACCGAUGUGAUUCUCUUGAAAUUCCUGAGAGCCAGGGAUUUCAAGGUGAAGGAUGCAUUUAUCAUGAUCAAGAACACCGUGCGUUGGCGCAAGGACUUUGGAAUCGACGCCCUGCUCGAGGAAGACCUCGGAAAUGAACUGGACAAGGUGGUGUUCAUGCAUGAAUUCGACAAACAAGGCCAUCCCGUGUGCUACAACGCCUACGGGGAGUUCCAAAACAAGGAAUUGUAUCAGAGUGCUUUCGCCGAUGAGGAGAAGCGACUCAAGUUCUUGAGGUGGAGGAUCCAGUUCCUGGAAAAGAGUAUUAGGAAACUGGAUUUCAGCCCGAACGGCAUCAACACUAUUGUUCAGGUAAUCGAUCUCAAGAAUUCCCCUGGCCCUUUUAAGAGGGAGCUCAGGCAAGUAACCAACCAGGCUCUCCAUCUUCUACAGGAUAACUACCCUGAAUUUGUAGCCAGACAGGUGUUCAUCAAUGUUCCAUGGUGGUACUUGGCAUUCAAUAAGAUGAUCAGCCCUUUCCUGACUCAGAGGACCAAAAGCAAGUUUGUGUUUUCUAGUCAAUCCAAAUCUGCUGAUACCCUUUUCAAAUACAUAGCCCCUGAACAAGUACCAGUUCAGUAUGGUGGACUUAGCAAGGAGGGUGAGCAAGAAUUUACCACUGAUGACCCCGUUACAGAAUUCAUAAUCAAGCCAUCAACCAAGCACACUGUUGAAUACCCGGUAUCCGAGAAGUCCAUUCUGGUAUGGGAACUCCGUGUUGUGGGUUGGGAUGUGAGCUAUGGUGCUGAGUUUGUGCCUAGUGUUGAAAAUGGUUACACCAUUAUCGUCUCAAAGACGAGGAGGGUUAACCCUGCUGAUGAACCAGUGAUCUCAGACAGCUUCAAGGUUGGUGAACCUGGCAAGAUAGUCCUCACCUUUGACAACCAAACAUACAAGAAGAAGAAGUUGCUCUACAGGUCCAAGACCAAACCCUGUUCCGAUUGAGGUUGGAAAUUAUCAAUCAAUUCCUUUCCAGGGUUUGAAUUUUCUAUCAUCUGGAAGUCAAUGCAUAUUGCAGAAUAAGAAGGGUUCUUUUGUUUUUUAUUUAAAAUGACAGGUCUUUUUUUUUUUUUUGGGUUGAAAAUUAUUUUAUAAGUUGAAGGUCUGGGGCAUUUUAUUUAUAUGUUAUUUCUAUUAGUUUAUGGGGAUUUUGUUCAUUUGGUGUUGAUACUGGUAAAGAGAGAGAGAUGGAAAAUGUGUGUGGAAUGUGGACAGAAACUGUUAGUAUUAUUCUUGAGACUCUGCACUGUAAAAUCUUUGUAAAUUUCUUUCUUUAUGUAUGUAUGCAUGUUUGUUUAUUGAUCAUUUGUUAUCAACUCUGUUCUUAUUGUUCACAGUAACUUUUCCUGAUGUUUCUUUUCAUGUCCUUUUUAUGCAUUC